UUUCAAGAACAAUAUACUUGGCAGCCCUUUUGCAAUUCAUUCUCGCUCUUAAAGCUUGCACCCAUUUCACAAGGAGUAGAGCUAUGGCUUUGCUUUCUCCACAACAAAGCUUCCUCACAAAUUCUCUUAGAAAACCCAUUUCCACAAACAAGAGCCUUCCAUAUGCAUCAUCUUUCUUCAGAUCAAGAGCUUCAUUAGACCAAGAUGAAGUCCAAAAAAGGGUGGAAGAGAGAGGAGAAAGAUUGGUGAAAUUGGCUGUUGUUACAUUUGCAGCAGGUGUGCUAACACUAGGGGCAGCCCAAGAUGCUAUGGCUGCGAAAUCCGGCGGUCGAGUUGGCGGUCAGGCCUUUCGAUCUGCUCCACCUCCGAGGUCCUCGGGCCCUAGAAUAAACAAUUCGAGGACAAACAUUUACAUCAAUCCUCCUGUUGCUCCUCCACUAGUAGGUGGAUAUGGUUUUGGAGGCUCAUACUAUGGGGGCUGGGGAUGGUCCCCCUUCUCCUUCUUUGUACCAGGCCCUUCUGUUGCCAUUGGGGUUGGAGGUGGGUUUGAUUUCUUUCUGAUAUUUUUGGUUCUUGGAGCCAUUGCAGCCGUUGUUCGGAGAUUUACAGGACCAAGAUACGAUGAUGAUGACUAUUGAAGUGAUCAUGAGCUUAUUUGUAAUAUAAUGCACCAUAAAUAUUGUAUACUAUAUUCUUGAUUGAGAAUUAAGUUGUUAAACACUUGAGUAAUGUGGGGAUUGAGGAUUAAGUUGUUAAACACUCGAGUAAUGUGGGGAUUGAGGAUAAAGUUGUUAAACACUCGAGUAAUAUGGGGAAGGGCUCUCAAUGCAUGUGGAUGCUUUAGCAUUGUAUCUAGUUUAAUCCAAGAAAAAAUUUGGAUGAGUGCUUAUAGUGUACUCUUGCGGGA